ACAGGAGGACGCGGAGUCCGGGAGGCAGAGGAGCGCGAGCCGUCCGCAGGAGCAGCGGCCACCCGACACACACACACACACACACACAGACAGACAGGCAGACCGACCGACCGACAGACAGACAGACAGACAGACAGGCAGGCAGGCACACCGACCGACCGACCGACAGACAGACAGACAGACCCGCCGACCGACGUGUCUUCCGACUUCAGCUACAGUGAUAGCUAAGUUGUGAGGGGAGGAGAGAGCUCGUCGCGACCCCUGACCUGUGACAUGGAGACCCCCGAGGACAAGAGGACCUGCUGCGGAUCUCUGCGAGAUUUCUUCACCUCCGCCAAAUUCCUCAUUUACAUGGGACACGCGCUGUCGACAUGGGGCGACCGGAUGUGGAACUUUGCCGUGGCCGUGUUCCUGGUGGAGCUGUAUGGGAACAGCCUGCUGCUCACGGCCGUGUACGGGCUGGUGGUGGCCGGCUCCGUGCUGCUGCUGGGAGCCAUCAUCGGGGACUGGGUGGACAGAAACUCCAGACUCAAAGUGGCCCAGACUUCGCUGCUCGUCCAGAACAGUUGCGUCAUCCUGUGUGGGAUCCUCCUGAUGGUGGUGUUCCACUUCAAGGAUGAGCUGGUGCAUCUGUACAGCGGAUGGAUUCUGACUAUCUGCUACAUUCUGGUCAUCACCAUCGCCAACAUCGCCAACCUGGCCAGCACGGCGACGUCCAUCACCAUCCAGCGGGACUGGGUGGUGGUCGUGGCAGGUCAGGACAGCAGCAGUUUGGCAGACAUGAACGCCACAGUGAGGAUUAUUGACCAGCUGACCAACAUCCUGGCUCCCAUGCUGGUGGGCCAGAUCAUGGCCUUUGGCUCCCAUUUCAUUGGCUGCGGCUUCAUCUCUGGCUGGAACCUGGUCUCCAUGUGUGUGGAGUACGCCCUGCUGUGGAAGGUCUACCAGAAGACGCCGGCGCUGGCCGUGAAAGUGGGACAGAAAGAACAGCAGGUGGAGCUGAAGCAGCUCAGCACCCAGAAAGACUUGGAGAACGGCCAGAGUCCAGAGGAGUCUUCUCAGCCGCUGAUGAACGAGGCGUCGGCGGUGGCCAGGCCCGACUCUCCCAAGCAGCACGGCUGUUGCUACCAGGUGUCGGAGCCACUCCGCACCCUCAGGGCCGGCUGGGUGGCCUACUACAACCAGAACAUCUUCUUUGCCGGCAUGUCCCUGUCCUUCCUCUACAUGACGGUGCUGGGAUUCGACUGCAUCACCACCGGCUACGCCUACACGCAGGGCCUCAACGGCUCGGUGCUCAGCCUGCUGAUGGGGGCUUCGGCCGUGUUCGGUAUCUGCGGCACCGUCGCCUUCACUUGGGUCCGCAAGAAGUGCGGCCUGAUCCGCACCGGCUUCCUCUCGGGCGUGGCCCAGCUGUCCUGCCUCAUGCUGUGCGUCGCCUCCGUGUUCACCCCCGGCAGCCCCCUGGACCUCAGUGUCUCGCCCUUCGAAGACCUUUACACCCACCUGGUUGGGGGGAAAACCCUGUCCCAGUCCGAGCCCACCGGCAUUCACAUGGACGUCAAUGCGACUUUUGCUGCGCCGACUGAAGAGCCUCUGCAGUCCUACAUAUCUGUUAGUCUGCUGUUCGCUGGCGUCAUUGCUGCUAGAGUUGGCCUGUGGUCCUUUGACCUGACGGUAACCCAGCUCAUCCAGGAGAAUGUGAACGAGUCGGAGCGCGGUGUGAUCAACGGCGUCCAGAACUCCAUGAAUUACCUCUUGGACCUGCUGCACUUCAUCAUGGUGAUUCUGGCGCCGAACCCCGAGGCUUUCGGCCUGCUCGUCAUCAUCUCCGUCUCCUUUGUGGCCAUGGGUCACGCAAUGUACUUCAGGUUUGCCUUCAAGAACCUGGGCACCCGCCUCUUCCUCUUCUGCUCGCCAGAGCAGAAAGUGGAGACGGCGGACAGCCCCUCGCUCCCCACCACCGUCUAACCCCGUCAAAGAGACUCUGUCCUGGGUACAUAUUUCUCAAGCCUCCCUGCAUCUUAGUUAUCAAACUAACAUCUUAGCUUGUAGCUAAUGCUCACAUAAACCAGAGAACAGAAACUUUGCAUGAUGUUCUGCAUAUUCAUUAAUGAAGCAUUAGUCAUUAGCAGAAGGAGGCGAGUCGAGCUGACAGUCCUUGUUAAACUGUUGGAUCGGUCUGAGAGCCUCAGCCUUUCCUCUUUGGGUCAAUGCUCCUUCACACAGCACCGUCGCACAAGGAUCCAUCCCGUACCCAGAACAACAGUCUCCUCCUUGCAGCCUGGACGGAGGAUCCCUGUCUACUGUCUUCAGAUCUGUAACUGGUGCUUACGCUAACUCAAGGGCAAAACGAGGGAGAAACGUUGCAGGGAAGCAAAUGCUGAAGUCUGAACUAAGUUUUUUUGGACACUUGCCUUUCAGCCAUGUCACUGGUGCUGUAGCUGCGUCCGCUCGCUGCUCGCCCACAGCCUGCUCCUGCUUCUGUCAGCUCACAUGUAUGACGAGCAGCUCGUGGACGUCUGUGACCAAUCACAAAGCUGGGAUCCAGUCUCUCUAAUGGUUAUAAGGGUUAUGCAACUUACUGUAUUUAUUCAGGACAGCAGUUUUUCUGGUCAUCGUAUCGUCAGUGCUGUGUGAUCGUGCCAUAAGAAACAAUCCUAUGCAGCCUUUGUCGAAAGUUAUCUCACUCACCAAAGUCAACGUCCGUCCGUGGCACAACAGGAAGUGAGGGAAACCAGUGAUCUGUCGGAAGCUUUCCAAAUAUAUAGUCAGGUUUACUAACGCUCCCAUAGAACCCCAGUAUAUCUGAACACUUCAACCCGCUCUGAGAUUGUACUUUAGUCUACUUCUUUUCUCUGGUAGUUUACUUCGAUAUUAAUUUUCUCACCUUGUGAUUUUUGUUUGUACGAGUUCUCUCAAUCAUGAUUGUUGUUACACAGGCACUUUAAGUGAUUGACGUCUGUCAUUACACCCGACACAUGAUCAGGUGUUUGAUCAAUGUUUUUGCACAAGGCUGAGGUCCGGACCCCCCCCCUCCCAACACAAUCUCAGUCUCCCCCUCAGUCUGCUCAGGUGCUGGUUCAGAAAGAGGCACAUUUACUGCAGCGCUCAGCACCACAAAGCUCAUGAGAACAAACUGGACUGAUCACUCCCCCAGGUCAUGUCACAUCCUCCCCCCUCCUCACAGCAUGUUCAACAGGGACAGAAACAUUUUUACCAAAGUCAAACUUCUGUCUCCUGUUACCUUCCUUUCUCUAGUGUAGAAAAGUAUGUCCACCGUCUAGUAUAUGUACGAGCACUACUUUCCCUGUGAAGUCAUUUAACUGAUCAAACGUUGUGGCUCCAAAAACAGUUUCAAAUCACAGGGAAAGUAGCUUUUCUUUAAAAAGUAUCUGUAAUCUUUUACCCUCAGUCAUUUCUGGUGCCUUGCCAUAAGCUGGCUCUGACAGCUGUUUAACGCACACACUCGUCUGCAACGAGAGUUAGCAUCCAGGUCCCGCCCAUGAAAACCUGGUCAGUGAAGCCAACGUGCGGGAAAAAUAUUAGUGCUGGAGCCGGAGGCAGUGGCAGCAGCUGUAGGGAAACAGACGGCCAUGACGGCACGACCCGCCGGGGCCCGCCCAGGUUUCAUGUGACCUCACACUCAGUCUGCCGAUUCAGGAAUACCGCACAUGGCCAUACAUUUGUUAAUGUAAAUAGGAUGUCAGUCAAUUUAAACGUGCUUAAAUCUACAAUUGUAAAUUGUAAAAAGAAAUAACAUUGUGUAUACCGUGUCGUGCUGUUUGUCUUUUUUUUACAUGUUUUAUUCACCUAGUGUUAUCAUUUGAUGUCAAAUUGAGGUUUCUGAAUGAUUUUUGAAAUUUGUCUGUCCGUAUUACAUACACACACACGCACACACACGUCAGUGUUAUAGUUCAAAAGGCUAAAACAUCCAAUCAUGAAAGGAAUCAAAUUCAUUUUUAUGUCAUAAUCGCACUCCACUCGCUGUGAGGACUUUGGCAAUGCGUGUAUUGCAUGAAGUCUUUGUGAAUAAAGAAAAUCUUUACAAUCUAA